AUGAAAGCGCCCGCGCCUGCCGAGCGGCACCCCGCUGCGCAGCCUGCGCGCAAGCGGCCUGUCGUCGCCGCCCGCACCGCUCUCCUCUUCCUGGGCGUCUUGUACCUUGCCGCUGCCGCCUUUGAUCGCCUGGUGGCCUUCGUGGGCACCGAGCUGGACGCGCGGGCACGCCAGCACGCCGAAGCCUCCCAGACAGCGGGCUUCUCGUGGGAUGCUGUUCCGUCCACAAAAAACCUCGCGUUCCAGCCAUGCUACUACGCUUUCCGGUGCGCACGUGUCGAGCUGCCGCUGGACUGGUGGAAUGGCACCUUUCCCGACAGACAUGUCAGCCUGGCCGUGACGGUGCUGCCCGCCAAAGUGCCCGUCACCGACCCGCGCUACGGCGGUCCGGUGUUCCUGAACCCAGGCGGACCGGGAGGCUCUGGCGUCGACCUCGUCACGGCCGCAGGACUGGCAAUUCAGGCCCUCGUUGAUUCUCCCGUGCAUCCGGAUUUCGAGGCGCCCGAGAACUCGACCUCCAAGUACUUUGACGUCGUUGGCUUCGAUCCUCGCGGCAUCGGCAGGACGACUCCGGGCGCCCACUGCUUCCGCUCUGCAGCCAUCAGGGAAUCGUGGAAUCUGCGAUUGGACUCGCAGGGCAUCCUGGGCAGCUCUGAUGCCGUGCUCGGGCGGCGCUGGUCCAUGGUCAAUGCACUGGGCGCGUCGUGCGCUGGACAGGACGACGAGGGCGACGUGAAACGCUAUGUCUCCACCGCAUCAGUCGCGCGCGACAUGCUGGAACUUGCCGAGCUCUUUGGCCAGUAUCGCGAGGCCGAAACGUGGCGCGUCCUGACCGAAGAUGCACUCGCCAUGUGCGAGAACCACGGUGUGUGCGCGUCUUUGCGGCUGCCGGAAAUCUACGUGCCUGGCACCGAGAAGCUUCAGUAUUGGGGCUUCUCAUAUGGCACUCUGCUUGGAAGCACCUUCGCGUCCAUGUUUCCGGACCGCGUCGGGAGGCUCGUUUUGGAUGGUGUAGUCCAUGGCUCAAACUACAUGAAGACGCUGUGGUCGGACAAUCUCCACGACACGGAGAAGGCGAUGCAGGCCUUCUACGACCGUUGUGCCCAAGUCGGCCCCCGCAUUUGCCCACUUGCGGACCGCAAUUCGACGGCGGCCGACAUCGAAGCCAAGACGCUGGCUGUUCUCGAAAAGAUCUACCACAACCCGGUGCAGGUCAAAGGCGAAUUUCCCGAAAUCGUCACGUGGAGCGACGUCAGGCUGUUCAGGUUCAUGGCCCUCUAUGAACCAGUGCAUGCGUUUCCGCUCAUGGCCGAGAUGCUUGCUGCCGUGGCUCGCGGGGAUGAAGACGGGGAAAUGGAACGCUACCUGACAGGCAAGCAUUUUUUCGCCUGUGCCGCCAAGGGAAAUGACACGGAUAUUGCACAGGUGGAUGGCGAGGCUUCAAUGGCUAUCAUGUGCAGCGAUGGUGACCCCCAAGAUCACCUGGACAUGGAGGGCAUGGAAGCGCACUGGCGCAAGCUCGAUGCCAUCUCUCCAUCCGUCGGUGCCAUGUGGGCUGGGCACAGGAUGAAUUGUGCGAACUGGAAAUUCAGGCCCUUGUACAGAUUCACCGACUACAAGCCUGAGUUUGGUGGCGACACGGCCAACCCCGUCCUUUGGAUUGGAAAUACUGCGGACCCGGUCACUCCGCUUGUCAACGCGCACAAGAUGAAAUCGCUGUUUCCAGGCUCCGAAGUGUUGGCACAGAACUCGCCUGGGCAUUGCUCCCUUGCGGCUUAUUCGCCAUGUACGGUCGGGUACAUCCGCAAUUAUUUCAACAACGGCAGCCUGCCCGCGCCCGACACCAUGUGCGAGCCUUACGAGAUUCCAUUCAUCCACCACAGGAAGAAUAUCCACCUCCUUUCGGGCGAUGAGGUGUCGGCAUUGAACGCGCACCAUGACUUGGCCCGCACCUUCGCUACAAAGGCCUGGGGCUUGGGAAUGGCAAUGCUCCCCGCAGGAGAGAGCGCCUUGACCACGAGGCUUCAAACCGAUGCAUAA